AACAUUAAAAGGAAAACAGCAAACCAGCAGAGACAAUGACAAAGAUAUAUUGGGUACGGAAAAAAACGUCGUCCAUAAACCAGCACCUGUAGAAUCUGACUGUGAUCAAUGACUUUACAAACUACUAGGACUAUUAUAUCAUUAUUAUAAUGAACGUGAAAAAUUCCUAUGGCAACGAGAGUGUUUACUGCAUCCCGGAGCACAGUCUGGACCAGUACCUGUUCCCCAUCACUUACAUCCUGGUGUUCGUGCUGAGUGUCCCGGCCAACCUCAUCUCCCUGUACGUGUCCUACCAGCAGGUGAUGAAGAAGAACGAGCUAGGCAUCUACCUCUUCAACUUGUCCUGCUCUGACCUCUUCUACGCUCUGACAUUCCCCAUGUGGAUCGACUUCAGUCUCAAUCAUGAUAACUGGAGAUUUGCGGAAGGGCUGUGCGCAUGGAGCGCCUACAGCAUGCACACCAACCUGUACUGCAGCGCAGGCUUCCUCACCUGUAUAUCCCUGGACAGGUAUCUGGCUGUGGUCUAUCCCUUAAAAUUUCAGCAUCUCAGGACAAGAAAAAUGGCGACUUUUAUCAGCCUAGGUGUGUGGGCGGUGCAGAGCGCGUCCAAUGUCGCCAUCCUACUAAAGAAGGAGACCUUCAAUGACUCCAAAGACUUAUUUUGCUACGACAUCUACCCCAUUGAGGAAUGGAAGGCGAAGUUCAGUAUUUUCAAUGUCAUGGUUGGCCAUUUUCUUCCACUGCUGAUCAUGAUCUUCUGCUCCCACAGGAUCUACGUGGCAGUGCAGGGGAACCAGGCCACGGAGGACAAGGACAAGCAUAAGAUCAAGCAGCUGCUGCUGAUCAUCGUGGUCAUGUUCACCCUCAGCUUUACCCCGUACCACAUCAUGCUCUUAAUUCGCAGUAUAAUGGAGCCCGGAAAUUGCUCCUUUGCCAAAACAAUAUUCAUCCCCUACAAACUGAGCAUCGCAUUAUCCAGUAUCAAUUGCCUGGCCGACCCGCUGCUCUACUGCUUCAUGAGCGAGACCGGGAGGGCUGACGCCAGGACCAUAGUGCAAUGCUGCCAAACCAAGAGUCCGUCCACGCCCAGCUCAGAGCUGCAGAUGUUCAGCGUGUCCGAGAGGUUUAAUAGAUCCAAAAUGUUCAGUGUCAUCACAGAACUAUAGAAUAUUUGUAUAUAGAUUUUCUAUUAAAACUGUAACAAAGAAAGUGUUGAAGUCGCAGCAUUAUU